GAGAGCAAACUCUAGAUCGUGUGUGAAAAUGGAGAAGAAUCUCGUGGGAUAUAGGUUUAGUCCUACGGGAGAGGAAGUGAUCAACUAUUACCUCAAGAACAAGAUUCUUGAUAAACCAUGGCUCGUCGACCAAGCCAUUAGGGAGAUCAACAUCUAUGCUUACAAUCCCGAGUUCUUGCCUUCGUUAUCGAAGAUCGAAUCAAACGAUCUUGUAUGGUACUUCUUCUGUCGAAGGGAGUGCCAAGCAACUGACAAGAAGAAGGGAACGAAGAGGACAACACCUUCUGGGUUCUGGAAAGCUACCGGCAAGGAUCGGAUAAUCAAGGAGAAGAGAGGACACGGUGUUGAGAUCGGGAUCAAGAAGACGCUUGUGUACCAUCAUGGCAAAGGUGCUAAUGGAGUUAAGACUCCUUGGGUCAUCCACGAGUAUCACAUCACUUCUUUGCCUCUUAACCAGAGGAAAUAUGUUAUCUGCCAAGUAAAGUACAAGGGUGAAGACAGUCUGUACGGUAAUAACUCCAAUGAGUUAAGCCACUCUACCAUGGUCUCUGACUUGAAUACUGCCAGAGUGAUUAACACAACCCCUGUGGUUGAGCAACAAAGGGACGAAGAUCUCUGUAUGUCUGUGGAUGAUUUGGCCAACCCACUGAACGAGCAGGAUGAUCCCUCUCUGUUUGAUCCAGACAUGUUUUUCAACGACAACGACCGCUCUUACCAGCAGCCACUAGCUCCCUACGAUGAUGAUGAUAAUAUUAGUGAACUGCUGAAAUAUAACGGAGGGAAUCAUGCUGAUGUGCUUGGUGAUCUAGACAUCAUAUUGCAAGAGCACCGCAACGAUCACAAGCCAAAGAAAGCUUUGACAGGGAACAUUGUUGAUUGUAGCAGUGGUAGCGAUGAUGCUGAAUCCAUAUGUGCAACGAGUUACCAAGGAACAUCAAGUCCAGAUAGCGUUCAUAGUUUGAGUGCACAGUUCCACACUAGUGUAGACGAGACUCCAUCUUUGAGGAAAGACUCUUCCACAGAUAUUCAACCUCAUGCAGAAACUUCUAUAAAUAGAAUGACCUGGAAAUCUCGGCGCACCGUACCAUCAAAACUAGAGGUGAAAGAAGGAAAGUCUAAAGCUAUUGAUGCAUCCAUGGACAACAAGAAGGGCUGGUUUAUUACAGAAGAAGCAAUGCAGAGAAACCAUAAGAUUCCACCGUAUCACUGUCUCAUGAACAUGAUCGUAGGCUUCAUCCUCUUGGUUGCUUUCAUGGCAACAUUAUGUCGGUUUUACUAAGCGGAAAAACUUGAAUCUGCUGAUGAAGUUUGAUUGCUGAGGAGAAGCAAAGCAGAUCGAUGGCAAGCAUUUGUUUUUAAUUGUCGUUUUCUGAUUCUGUUUUUUUCUUUGUAAUAAUAAUAAUAUAUCUGUGUGUGUAUGUAUGAACUAUAGAUGAAACUCGGUUGUUCUGCUGAAUCUGAAUAUCUUACAGGUAUUUCUUGUGCCUGAAGGUAAAAGUGAAAUUUCGUAGGGUUUGUAA